AUGGAUGGCCUCUCGACUGCUGCGAGUAUAAUCGCAGUAGUGCAACUCACGGCUGAGGUUACGAAAUACAUCAUCGGCGUCGCUGGGGCCUCAAAGGAUCGACAGCGACUGCUUGACGAAAUAUUAGCCUGCGAGGCUCUCCUCAUGCGACUCCGCGAUUAUUCCAAAGGAACUGAUAGACCCGAGAUUGAGGAUUGGGACGCUGACCAGACCAACACUGAUAGUGCCCAGACGUGGUCUGUCAAGGUCAGGGCCUUGGAGAGCGACAAUGCACCUUUGUAUCGUUUGUAUAAGAUUCUCGAUGCUGUCAAAACAAAACUGCAACCAGAUCACGGGAGCGGGAUCCAGAAAAUUAAGGCCGCCUUGAAAUGGCCAUUCGACGAGAAGGAAGUGGCAAAGCUCGUCGAUGCAUUUCAGCGCGAAAGAUCACUUUUGCAUUUUGCCAUGACACACGAAAGCACACAGCUGGUGAAACACAUCAAGGCAACCUCAGACGACAAUAGCAGACAAUUGACCAAUUUGGUCAGACUUAUCAAGAACAAAUCGGCUGAUGAUGAGCUUCGAGUCGCACGACUUGAUCGUAUCCUGACCGGCAUACAGCUUUCCAACCUCAACAUAGCCGAAGGGAUCGGGCAUCUUCAAAACAGUCAGAUGAGCGCUCGCCAGAAAGAAGUCCUUGACUGGAUGUCACCCGUGGACUAUGCCCCCCAACAAAGCGAUAAUUUCAGCCGGCGAGAGCCAGGAACUGGUGAAUGGCUGCUGGAAUCAGACGAGUACAAUACCUGGGUGAAAGGUGACAAACAAACAUUGUUCUGCCCUGGUAUUCCAGGUGCUGGCAAAACUAUCAUGGCAUCCAUCGUGGUCAAUUCAUUACUCGAAUCCUUUCAUUCCGAGAGUAACGUCGGAGUUGCAUACAUCUACUGUAACUUCCGUCGGCGCCACGAACAGAAAGCCAGUGACCUCAUUGCGAAUCUUUUGAAGCAGCUGAGUGAGAAUCAGCCUUCUCUGUUUAAGCCGGUAGAGGAGCUAUACAACAAGCGCAAGGCAUCUCGUACGCGUCCAUCGCUACAGGAACUUGGCCGUGUCCUGCAAGAGGUUGCCGCGACAUAUUCUCGCGUGUAUAUCGUCCUUGACGCUCUGGACGAAUGCGAGACCACCGACGGUACACUACCCAAUUUCAUCCAACAAGUACUUGACCUGCAGAGUGCAACAGGCACAAAUAUCCUAGCAACCUCUAGGUAUAUACCGGAGAUUAAGGAGAAGUUCAGAAAAGCCGUCUCUCUUAAAAUCCGCGCCAGUGAGCCGGAUGUGAGAAGAUACUUGACUGGUCGAAUGACUCAACUCCCAGUUUUUGUUCAGAACAAGCCGGAGCUGCAAGAAGAAAUCAAGACAAGGAUACUGGAAUCAGUCCAGGGGAUGUUUCUUCUUGCCCAGCUACACCUUGAUUCUCUUGUCGGCAAGAGAUCACCGAAAGCUGUACGAACUAUUCUCAAAGCUUUGCCAAGCAACUCAAGCACGUCGAAAGCGUAUGACAAAGCGUAUGGCGAUGCUAUGAAACGAAUAGAAGACCAGUUAACAGAUCAAGCGAUAUUGGCCAAAGAAGCACUCAUGUGGAUUUCAUGCGCCAGACGGUUGCUCAGUCCCGUGGAACUUCAACACGCCCUUGGCAUCGAAACAGACUCCACAGAUUUUGAUGAGGAAAAUCUGAGCGAGAUCCCCGACAUCGUUUCUGCUUGCGCUGGGCUGGUGACCGUUGACGAACAGAGCAACACUGUGCGACUAGCACAUUUCACAACACAGGAAUAUUUCGAGCGAACACAGGACCAGUGGUUCCCAAAUGCUGCUCAAGAAAUAACCGUUAAAACCCUGACAUAUCUAUCUUACGAUCUUAUUGUUGAUCAAGUCAGGACUGCUCGAAGUCCAAAACAUGACAUUAUGGUACAAAAGGCUGCAGAAAAGUCGGAUCCUGUUAUUAAUCAAUCGAAAGACGAAAAGCCAGGAUCGCCGAGUCCCGGUCUUGGUCGAUCGAAAAGCCAAGAUUGGAAGAUCAAGAACGAAGUUACGGAGAGCGACGAAGAUUAUGAUGUUAAGAAAAUGCUCCGAGAUUAUCCACUGUGUCGAUAUGCAUCAUGCCAUUGGGGUUACCACGCUCGCAACGUAUCGGAAAUGCCUGAUAUUGUGAAGAACUUUUUGUCAUCAGAGAAACUUGUCAAGGUGACUGAGCGUCUGAGAUAUGCUGGUGGAUUCAAUCCUGGGACCACUGGCCUUCACGAGGCGGCAUACUUUGGGUUCGAAGAGGCCGCAGAAUGGAUGUUACAAAGAUGCUCGAUCGACGCACUUGACUCUUAUAAUGUAUCGAUUCUGGAGAUGGCAUGUGGCCUUGGCCACCUUUCGCUCGCCGAAACACUUCUCAAGAAGGGGGCAAAUCUACGCGGGACGCCAAUUACAUAUGCAGCUCGACGAGGGCAGGAUACUAUCGUAACAUACCUAUUUCAAUAUGGCGCGCCACUGGAACCAGGUGCACUGGAGGCAGCUUUCAGACAUUUCAAGGAUUCCAAGAUAUCAAUCGACAAGGUGCAUAUGUUUCAGACACUGUUGGAACACGGCGCUGAUCCCAACAUAUUGAUUGACGAAACGUCGCGACCUCUGCAUCAUGCCACCUCGGAUAGGGUCGAGCCUCUCGUCCGAACUUUACUCGACCACGCGGCUGAUGUGAACGGACGAGACAAGGAAGGUCGAACAGCACUACACUUGGCGGUCGACUCCGAAAUGGAGUCAUUAGUACGACUCCUCGUGGACCGCGGAGCCGAAGUCAACGCGCAAGAUGAUCAAGGUCACACGCCACUUUAUCAUACCGCAGGGCGUGAUAUCGAUCCCAUCGUAAAAUUGCUGCUCGACCACGGUGCCAAUGCUAUCCUGCAAGAUAAGCAUGGACUUUCAGUGCCUCAUCUAGCUAUGGCCUCUUCGUUUGAGUGUCUCGUCCAGAGCUUUAUCGGUCGCGGAGAAAGCACAAAUGCCCACUGUGCAACUCACAAAACCCACUCGACGGCAGUCGCUAGUAAUUCUCUGAAGCCUGCGAUGCUUGAGGAUAAGCCGCAGAUGGUUUUUGAGGAAUACCCCUUGAUCGCCAUACAUGAGUUGGCGCUUUUUAGGUCUUUGGUUUCUUCAAUCUGGCCUUCACGCCGACCUCCAGGUAUCGCACAUAUGGAAGAGCAACUGGGCACGAUGCAAAUACGAAUGGAAUGGGAGUAUGAGCCGCUGAUCUGCUCAUUUCUCAAUCGCAUGCGUGAAAAGCGUGUCAUAACAGAUAAAUUCGAUGAAUCGCUAUACGACCAAGCUCUAGUUGGCGCCAGGCCUUUUGUUCAGGCAACGAUGUCCAAGGCCAAGGUCAAUAUACGAGAUUCGCAGGGUUACUCAUCAAUUUGCAUGGAGAACAUGCACGAGGCAUCACGCACUCUACAGAUGUAUUCACAGCAGCUCUCUGCUAUCGAAUUUCAUAGAGAAAUGGCACUCGCUCUUCUCGCCGAUUGUGCAGAACUAGCAGAGAUGCUAUGGGAAAACAAUGCGGCUAUGAAAGACUUUGACAGAACUCGAUACGGCGAGCUUAUGCUUGCAGCUCGAAAGGGCCAAGACUACAUUGACCAGAAACUACAUGAAAGCAGUGCAGUCGACACGACAUUGAACACUGGCAGUGGCGAAACCAUGACUUUUAUCAUUCAUCCCACUAAUGUAAGAUUACGGGAGCUACGGCAGAGGUUUCACAUUGACCUUAUACCGGAGCCUGAAGAAUCAAGCCCAUCUGGCCCCCAGCCGAAGCUCGUAGUCAACCUCCGACUGAUAUAA